AUGGCUAAUGAUGAUAUUCUGACAACUUUAAAAAUUCUAGUUAUUGGAGAGAGUGGUGUUGGAAAAUCAAGUUUAAUGCUUCGUUUUGUUGAUGAUACUUUUAAUCCAGAAAUAACAGCAACAAUAGGUGUUGAUUUUAGAGUGACUACAGUUAAUAUUAAUGGUGAUCAAGUUAAGAUAGCUAUAUGGGAUACAGCGGGUCAAGAAAGAUUUAGAACCUUAACUCCUAGUUAUUAUAGAGGAGCUCAUGGGGUUAUAUGUGUAUAUGAUGUAUCCUCUCGAAGUACUUUUAAUAAAUUAGAACAUUGGAUUCAAGAAAUAGAUACUUAUUGCACAAAAAAUGAAGCUAUUCGCAUGUUAAUUGGGAAUCAGAUAGACAAACCUUAUAGAGAAGUUUCAAGGGAAGAAGGAUUAAAUUUUGCCAAAAGAAAUAAAAUGCUUUUUAUUGAAGCUAGUGCCAAAACAAAGGAAGGUGUCAACAUGGCCUUUGAAGAGUUAAUUGAAAAGAUAUUACAAACACCUGGUUUAUGGGAAAGUAACAAAACUGGAAUGAGAAUCAAAGAUCAUGAAGAUUUGACAGGUGGAAGUUAUUGCGUUCAUGGAGUUCCAAUACCUAAUGAUUUAAAUUUGGGCGAUCGUCCAAUGGUUGAUGUCCCAAUAUAUAAUAUUGAAGUGAAGAAAGAUAACAUAGAAACUGGUUUUAUAUCAGAAGAUGAAGAUUCCAGUGAUUAUAAACUAACAACACCUUUUUAUCUUUCUAAUAAAAAUUCAGCUAAUAAUUUAAAAAUUGAAUCUACAACUACAAGUUCUUUGAAAGAAAUUUUAAUUGGAAAUCCAAUUGAUAAUUUUGAAAUUAAAUUUACAACCGAGAACAAUUUUAAAGAAACUUCUACUCAAAAAUCAAUUGGUAAUUUAGAAAUUGAAUCUACAGCUAAUAACAGUUUGGAAGAAAUUUUUACUAGACAAACAUAUGAUGAUUUCAAACUUGAAUCUACAACUAAAAACAGUUUGGAAGAAAUUUCUACUAGACAAACAUAUGAUGAUUUAAAAUUUGAAUUUACAACUAAAAACAAUUUGGUAGAAAAUUCUAUUAGAAAUUCAUUUGAUGAUUUAAAAAUUGAUUCUACAACUGAAAACGUUUUGAAAAAAAUAUUUAUUGAAAAUUCCACAGAAAUUAAUAAAUAUUUAACAGAUUAUCCAAAUAGUAAUGUCAAUACUCAAGAAAAUAAUUUGAUAACUGAAAACAAUCAACAACUUACAACUUCAAAAAUGCUUUUCACUAGCACUAAAAAUGAAACUUUUUUAACAGAAGAAGAUUUUGAAGAAAAUGAAAUGAUAGGAUUAACAAAUACAACAUCAUCUGCCAUUAUGACAAUAAAUCUCCCAUUGAUAACCGCUUCAUUUUCUGAUGAGAAUGUUUCUACAACAAAAAAUCCCGUUUUAACUUUGACAACCGAAGCAAAAACUACAGCAGUAAUACCCACAACCACUUUUCAAGAAUCAAUAAACGAAUUUUCUAAAAAACAAGAGAUAUCAUUUAAAAAUAAAAAUUAUUAUAAUGAUAAUGAAGAAUCUGAAAAUAAUGACUAUUUUCAGAUUAAUGAUAAAAUUAAUAUUAAUGUAGUUAUUCAAGAUUAA